CGGGAUCUCAGGCUGUCAAAAAAAUAAAAAAACAAGAGGACACUGCUCUCCCGCACCCUCUCGAUACAUGGAUAGAUCUUUCUCUCUCUCUCUUUUUGGCAAUUUUUAGGGGAAAAAUCUUGUGAAAUGGUGGCGAAUUUCUCGUAGAUCCGCGAGGAUCAUCGGAUUAGGGUCCUCCAAAAGGUUUGGAUUUGGCCAGUUGUGUGUGUGUGUUUUUUGUUGGAGUAGUGCCAGAGAUCUUGACUUUCGAUUUCGUAGGAGUCUAUCUUGGGGUUUUCUCAACGUUGCCAAAGGAAUCGGUGUCCUGUCUCUCUCUCUCUCUCUCUCUCUGUUUGUGUGGCUCUGUCUAACAUCUCCCAAUCUUUUGGAGUUAUAAAGAUUUGGGCUUUCGUUUUUGUAAUUUGAGAAGAUGCAGAGGCCUCCUCCCCGGCCAGAGGACUUCUCCUUGAAGGAGACCGCGCCGAACCUCGGCGGCAGCGUGCCCGGCGAUAAGCUCACCACUACCUAUGAUCUCGUUGAGCAAAUGCAGUACCUUUACGUCCGUGUCGUCAAAGCAAAGGAUUUGCCCCCCAAGGACGUGACCGGAAGCCUCGAUCCCUACGUUGAAGUGAAGCUCGGGAACUAUAAGGGCACCACCAAACAUUUUGAGAAGAAAUCCAACCCUGAGUGGAACCAGGUGUUCGCCUUCUCCAGGGAUCGGCUUCAAGCCACUGCUGUUGAAGUGACUGUCAAAGACAAGGACUUCAUCAAGGAUGAUUUUGUCGGCAGGGUCGUGCUUGAACUCAAUGAGGUUCCGAAGAGAGUUCCUCCAGACAGUCCAUUGGCACCGCAGUGGUAUCGACUGGAGGACAAGAAAGGUGACAAAGCGAAGGGAGAGCUGAUGCUGGCUGUUUGGAUGGGCACUCAGGCUGAUGAGGCCUUCCCCGAGGCUUGGCAUUCGGAUGCUGCCACUGUCCCCAGUGAUGUUGUUGCCAAUAUAAGAUCCAAGGUGUAUCUCAACCCUAGGCUUUGGUAUGUCAGAGUGAAUGUAAUUGAGGCUCAAGACUUGUUGAUUACUGAUAAGGGUCGGUAUCCUGAUGUUUAUGUGAAAGCCUCACUGGGCAAUCAAAUUCUUAAGACUAGGCCUUCUCCCAGUAAGAAUACCAAUCCAAUGUGGAAUGAGGACUUGAUCUUUGUUGCUGCUGAGCCGUUUGAGGAGCGCUUGCUUUUUGAGUGUGGAGGACAGGUUGGGCCUAACAAGGAUGAGGUGCUGGGAAGGGCCAUGAUUACUUUGCAGAGUGUGCCCAGGCGGUUGGACUACAAGCCUGUACCAAGCCAAUGGUAUAAUCUUGAGAGGCAUGUGCUUCUUGAAGGUGAUCAGAAGAAGAAGGAAGUGAAGUUUUCUAGUAGAAUUCAUUUGAGGAUAUGUUUGGAUGGUGGGUACCAUGUGUUGGACGAAUCAACUCAUUACAGCAGUGAUCUCAGGCCUACGGCAAAGCAGCUCUGGAAGCCAAGCAUUGGAAUUCUAGAGUUGGGUAUCCUGUCUGCUCAUGGGCUGCAGCCCAUGAAGGCUGGUAAGGAAGGAAUAGGCAUGACUGAUGCUUACUGUGUUGCAAAGUAUGGACCAAAAUGGGUGCGCACAAGGACAAUUGUCAAUAACUUCAAUCCGAAAUGGAAUGAACAGUAUACUUGGGAAGUGUUUGAUCCUUGUACGGUCAUCACCAUUGGUGUUUUCGAUAACUGUCACCUACUAGGAGGGGACAAGGCUGCAGGGACAAGGGACACCAGAAUUGGGAAGGUCAGGAUUCGUUUAUCAACACUUGAAACUGAUCGAGUUUACACCCACUCAUAUCCUCUUAUCGUCUUGCUUCCCUCAGGAGUGAAGAAGAUGGGGGAGGUUCAGCUGGCUGUCCGGUUCACAUGCUCCUCUCUGCUGAACAUGAUGUAUAUGUAUUCUCAGCCUUUCCUGCCGAAGAUGCACUACCUCCAUCCCUUGUCGGUCACACAGCUUGAUAUGUUGAGGCAUCAAGCCACUCAGAUUGUCUCGAUGAGGCUGAGCCGCGCUGAGCCACCACUGAGGAAGGAGGUUGUUGAGUAUAUGCUGGAUGUGGAUUCUCACAUGUGGAGCAUGAGGAAGAGCAAAGCUAACUUCUUUCGAGUUAUGAGUGUCUUGAGCGGCAUCAUCGCUGUCAGCAAAUGGUUUGAUCAGAUUUGUCAUUGGAAGAAUCCAUUAACUACUGUUCUGAUCCACGUCCUAUUCAUUAUAUUGGUUCUUUACCCAGAGCUGAUACUGCCAACCAUAUUCCUAUACCUUUUUUUGAUUGGUGUGUGGUACUUCCGUUGGAGGCCGAAGCAUCCUCCUCACAUGGAUACGCGUCUCUCACAUGCCGAAUCUACAACUCCUGAUGAACUUGAUGAAGAAUUUGAUACCUUUCCUAGCGCACGGCCAGGUGAUAUUGUGAGGAUGAGAUAUGACAGAUUGAGGAGUGUUGCAGGGCGGAUUCAAACUGUGGUCGGUGAUCUUGCUACACAAGGGGAGAGGUUGCAGAAUCUGUUGAGUUGGCGAGAUCCAAGAGCUACUGCCCUAUUUGUGACCUUCUGCUUCAUUACUGCCAUUAUGCUCUAUGUUACACCAUUCCGUGUUGUGGCCCUGCUGGUUGGUCUAUAUGUGCUAAGGCACCCAAGGUUCCGCCAUAAGCUUCCAUCUGUCCCUCUCAAUUUCUUUAGAAGGUUGCCUGCCAGAACAGAUAGCAUGCUUUGAGAACAUCUAUGGUUGUUGCACUGUUGUAAUAAUAUGCUAAAUUUGGAGUGGAGGUGAUAUUGAUCAUGAAUUUGUUGUAUGUGGUGAUCUUCUUAUUGCAAGUAAGUGUCUGUUCUCAGUUUUUUAUACAAUUGUGAACAUUUUAUGUUGUUUUCAUGACAGAGUACCUUCAUAUAUGUUAUUUCUUGCUUGUUAAUAAUUUAUGUGGUUGGUUUCAUUAA